UUAUUUAUUUUUUCAAAUUGGUAUUUUUUCCAAACUAUGGAAUUAUGGACACUAUCAUGGAUUUUAUAUGGAGUGAUUAUUUUGAUAUUUUUCAUAAUAAUUUUUUAUUUUUAUAUGACGAGAAAUUUUGGAUAUUGGAAAAAACGUGGUGUGAGAGAAAUUACACCAACACCAUUUGUUGGGAAUUUUGGAAAAUAUUUUAAACAUGAAAAAUCACCUGGUGCAUUGUUUAAAAAUUUUUAUGAUCAAAAUAAAGAUCAACCUUAUGUGGGAAUUUAUAUUUUAGAUAAACCAUGUCUAUUGAUACGUGAUACUGAAUUAUUGAAAUUAAUUUUGAUAAAAGAUUUUAAUUAUUUUACGGAUAAAUUUAUGCGUUGCAGUAAAAAUGAUGUUAUAAGCAAUAAUAGUUUAUUUUUUAUUGAAAAUCCCCAUUGGAAAUUUUUAAGAAAAAAAUAUAGUAUUUUAUUUACAACGACAAAAAUGAAGACAAUGAUUGAUAAUGUAAAAGAAAUAGGAAACGAUCUCAAUGACUAUUUAGAUUCGCUUCAAUUGGAAGGUGCUGGAAAAUCUGUAAACGUAAAAAAACUCGCCAGUAAAUUUACCAUUGAUUUAAUAGGACAAACAUCGUUUGGAAUAAAAUUUAAUAGUUUAAAAAAUACAGAUACUGAAUUUCGUAAAUUUCAUAAAACAAUGUUUGGCACUUAUAAUUUUAAAAGAUCUUUAGAACUUGCAACUUUGUGGCUUGCACCGGAUUAUGCAACUUUAUUUGGUUUUCGAUUUUUUCUUAAAAUUACUACAAAUUUUUUUCGUAAAUAUUUUCAAAAUAUUUUAGAUGAACGUACAAAAUCGAAAUUAAAACGAAACGAUUUUAUUGAUUGGAUAAUUCAAUUACGAGAUAAUGAAAACAAUAAUUCAAAUUCAAAUGGAUUUAAAUUUGAAGGCGAUAAUUUAUUGUCUCAAGCACUUACGAUAUUUGUCGCUGGUUAUGAUACAUCGUCAACAAUAAUGAGUUUUGCAUUAUUUGAAUUGGCAAAAAAUCGUGAAAUGCAAUCGAAAUUAAGAGAUGAAAUAAAUGGAGGUAUUAAAAAAAAUAAUGGACAAAUAACAUAUGAAAUGACAACAGAUUUGGAAUAUCUGGAUAUGAUAAUUUCAGAAACUCUUCGAAUGUAUCCGACAUUGCCGCUUAUCGAUCGUAAAACGACAAAAAAUUAUAAAAUUGAAGAAACUGGACUUAUUAUUGAAAAAGGAACGCCAAUUUUAAUUCCAAUGCUUGGCUUUCAUUAUGAUGAGAAAUAUUUUCCCAAUCCUCACAAUUUUAAUCCAGAAAGAUUUUCAAGUGAUGGAAAAUCGUCGAUUAAUCCCUAUGUUUAUCUUCCAUUUGGAAUUGGUGCAAGAAAUUGUAUUGGAAUGCGACAAGGUCUCUUACAAACAAAACUUGGGAUAAUUUUCAUUAUUUCAAGAUUCGAGGUGUCAAUGUUAGAAAAUAAUUGUAUAAAUUUUGAUAAAUUAUUAGUGCCAAGUUCUUCGAAAGGGGGUUUAUUUUUAAAUAUCCGAAAAAUCAACUUAUUCGCAUUUUCUUUUUUCAAAACAACAAUGCUAUUAUGGAUUUUAUAUGGAGUGAUUAUUUUGAUAUUUUUUAUAACAAUUCUCUAUUUUUAUAUGACGAGAAAUUUUGGAUAUUGGAAAAAACGUGGUGUGAAAGAAAUUACACCAACGCCAUUUAUUGGAAAUUUUGGAAAAUAUUUUAAAUAUGAAAAAUCACCUGGUACAUUGUUUAAAUAUUUUUAUAAUCAAAGUGAAGGUCUACCUUAUGUGGGAAUUUAUAUUUUAGAUAAACCAUGUCUAUUGAUACGUGAUCCUGAAUUAUUGAAAUUAAUUUUAAUAAAAGAUUUUAAUUAUUUUUCGGAUAAAUUUAUGCGUUCUUGCAAAAAUGACAGUGUCAGCAAUAAUUGUUUACUUAUAAUUGACAAUCCUUAUUGGAAAUAUAUUAGACAAAAAUUUACUGGUUUAUUUACAACUGGAAAAAUGAAGAGUAUGGUUAAUAAUGUAAAAGAAGUAGGAGAUGAUCUUAAUGACUAUUUGGAUUCACUGCAUUUGGAAGGUUCGGGAAAAUCGAUAAAUAUCAAAGACAUCGCCGGUAAAUUUACAACCGAUUUAAUAGGACAAGCUGCGUUUGGAUUAAAAUUGAAUAGUUUAAAAAAUCCAAAUGCAGAAUUUCGUCAAUUUGGAAAAGCAAUGUUUGGCACUUAUAAUUUUAAAAGAGCCAUUGAACUCGCAACUGUUUGGCUUGCGCCGGAUUAUACAAAUUUGUUUGGUUUUCGAUUUUUUCUAGAAAGUGCUGCAAAUUUUUUGCGUACAGCUUUUCGGGAUAUUUUAGAUGAACGUAUAAAAUCAAAAUUAAAACGAAACGAUUUUAUUGAUUUGAUGAUUCAACUACGAGAUAAUGAGAACAAUAAUCCCGAAUCUAAUGGAUUUAAAUUUGAAGGCGAUAAUAUAUUAGCUCAAGCUCUUAUAAUUUAUACAGCCGGUUACGAUACAUCGUCGGCAGUUAUGAGUUCUUGUUUAUUCGAAUUGGCAAAGCAUUCUGAAAUGCAGUCAAAAUUGAGAACUGAAAUCAAUGAAGCUAUAAAAAAGAACAAUGGAGAAAUAACAUAUGAAAUGAUAACAAAUUUGCAAUAUUUGGAUAUGAUUCUUUCGGAGACACUUCGAUUGUAUCCAACAUUGCCAUUUAUCGAUCGUAAAGCGACAAGAAAUUAUAAAAUUGAAAAAACUGGACUUAUUAUUGAAAAAGGAACGCCAAUUUUAAUUCCAAUGCUUGGCUUUCAUUAUGAUGAGAAAUAUUUUCCAAAUCCAAGGGAAUUUGAUCCGGAAAGAUUUUCAAGUGACAGAAAAUCAUCGAUUAAUCCUUAUGUUUAUUUGCCUUUUGGAAUUGGUGGACGCAAUUGUAUUGGAAUGCGACAAGGACUUUUACAAUCAAAACUUGGUGUGAUUCACAUUAUUUCACGAUUCGAAGUGUCAUUAUUAAAAAAUACUUCUAUAAAAUUUGACAAAUUAUCAGUAUUGGGUUCCUCGAAAGGUGGUUUAUUUCUAAAUGUCCGAAAAAUUGACCCUGAGAUUGUCGAAACCUUGACCGAUGAAAGAAAUUUAAUGGAAUUAUUGUGGAUUUUCUACAGUUUACUUGCUAUUUUAACGUUAAUUAUUAUAAUUGUCUAUUUUUAUCUAACUCGAAAUUUUGGAUAUUGGAAAAAAAGAGGUGUAAAAGAAAUUCCACCAACGCCAUUUGUUGGUAAUUGUGGAAAAUAUUUUAAAUAUGAAAAAUCACCUGGUGCAUUGUUUAAAUGUUUUUAUGAUGAACAUCCAAAUUUACCCUAUGUGGGAAUUUACAUGAUUGACGAACCAUGUCUAUUAAUACGUGAUCCAGAAAUUCUUAAAAGAAUAUUUAUAAAAGAUUUUAAUUUUUUUACUGAUAAAUUAUUGCGUUCGGGCAAAAAUGACGUGAGCAAUAAUUCAUUAUUUUUCAUUGAAAAUCCACAUUGGAAAUAUUUGAGGCAGAAAUUUACACAUUUAUUUACGCCAAGUAAAAUGAAGAGUAAAUUUGAUAAUAUGUUGGAAAUUGGAAGAGAUCUUGAUGAUUAUUUGGAUAAACUUCAAUUGGAAGGUUCAGGUAAAGAAAUAGAUGUGAAAGAAGUUUCUGGUAAAUUUAUGACCGAUGUAAUUGGUCUUAUUUUAUUUGGAUUAAAAUGUAAUAGUCUAAAAGAUCCCGAGGCUGAAUUGCGAAAAUUUGGAAAAGCAAUGUUUGGUACAUAUAGUUUUAAAAGAGCCAUUGAAAUAUCAAUUAUAUUUCUUGCACCUCAAUUUGCCGAUCUUUUUGGAUGUAAAUUUAUUUUUGAAAAUGCCUACAAUUUUUUUACAAAAGUCUUUGAAGAAGUUUUGAAUGAACGAAAAAAUUCGAAAAUAAAAGGAAACGAUUUUCUCGAUGUAAUUAUACAGCUUCGUGAUAAUGAAGUUAAAAGUCCACAUGGUCUUAAAUUACAAGGCGAUAAUUUAUCAGCACAAGCAGUAUUGCUUUUUGCAGCUGGUUUUGAACCACCAUCGGCAGUGAUGGCUUUUUGUUUAUUUGAAUUGGCGAAACAUAAGGAAAUACAAAAUAAAUUGAGAAAUCAAAUUAACGACGGAAUUAUUAAAAAUAAUGGAAAAAUAACAUAUGAACUGGUGACAGAAUUGCAAUAUUUGGAUAUGAUUCUUUCGGAAACAUUGCGAAAAUAUCCAACAAUGCCAGUUAUGGAUAGAAAAGCGACAAAAGAUUAUAAAAUUGAAGAAACUGGACUAGUAAUAGAAAAAGGAACGGCAAUUUUAGUACCAUUACUUGGUCUUCAUUAUGAUCCACAAUAUUUUCCCGAUCCAGAAAAAUUUGAUCCUGAGAGAUUUUCAAGUGAUAAUAAAUUAAGAAAUCCCUAUGUUAAUAUGCCUUUUGGACUUGGUUCACGUGGCUGCAUUGCAUCGCGCCAAGGUCUUUUGCAAGUUAAACUUGGUUUAAUUGUUAUUAUUUCGAGAUUUGAGGUGUCAUUAUUGAAGAAAACUUCUAUUGAAUUUGAUAAAUUAUCUGCACUUACUUCUUCCAAAGGCGGAUUAUUUUUAAAUAUUCGGAAAAUAUAAUUUUACGAGAUUCUAUUAAUUUAUUUUCUUCUUUUGAUCACUAAUUAUUAUUAAAAAAAGCAAACAAAAUUUUUUUUUUUGUCUAAUGAAGUUUCUAUUGUGGAUUUGAUAAAUAAAUUAAAAAUUAAAGUAUUUAAUCUGUAUUUAUUAAAAAUGAAAAAAAAUAAUUACAAAUUCUUCGUACUA